AUGUCCUUUUCAACUCAGCAGUUUGUCAACAAACUUAAUAACCUGGAAGAUACCCAAGAAUCUAUAUCUAGCGCUGCAAAAUGGCUUGUUUCGCAAUAUAGAGAAGCCUCAGAGGUAGCGAACUGUUGGAAGGGCUACAUGUUAAAAUCAAGUAUAAAUACAAGAAGGAAGUUAUUGGCUCUAUAUUUGGCAAACCAUGUAGUUCAACAAGCCAAGAGCCAACAAAUAACCCAAUUCCAGGAAUCCUUCGGUAAAGUGUCUGCUGAAGCCAUUGGUUCUAUAUAUUCGACAUUUCCAAGCGAUUUGAAGAAGAAGGUCAAAAGAGUUACUAAUAUUUGGAAGGAAAGAAGAAUAUUUUCACCAGAUAUUUUAAAGGAAAUUGAUCGUGCUCUUGAGCAAGGUUCAUCAAGUACAGAUAAUGUAGCUUUACCGCCUCAUGUAAAAGCAAUAGCUGACAACUAUAUUCAGUUAGACAAUAAUAAACACCAUAUACAAGCAGUUAAAGCCAGGUUUGACAAAUCGGUUCAAGAGUUAGAUCCAUCGAGUAUGGUAUACGAAGAGAAUUAUAAGACAGUUUCAAAAAUCGGACAAUUAACGAAAGAUACCAUUACAAAAUCUCUCAAAUUGAGGGAGGAAAAUAUUAGUAAACUAGAAAAAAUGCUCGAAGGCGAAAGGAAAGGGCUUGAGCAAGAGAAAAUGCUUUUAUCUGAAGUCGAAUUUUCAUUACUAUCGAAGAAUCCCGAAACGAUGCGAAAAGGUACUGACGAAGAGGACGUUCUUCCUUCGUACGAAGUUGAUGAAAAUGACAAUGACGACAACGAUAGUGAAGAUAUUGAAGCUAGCUCUGACAAUGACGAUAAAAUCAAAGAAAAAGAAGAAUCGAAAGAAACGGACAAUGUUAAACGUACAAUCAACGAUUCAUCUUCAGAGCUUAAUGAUGAAUCUUCACAUGACAACCAUAAGAGGGCAAAAAUUGGAGAAAAUAAUACCUCUGAGUCAAACAGUGAGGACGUUACAUCUCAGACGGGGACACCAGAAAGUGGAAAUGACAUUGCUGCAAAUGCUGGUAUGACUUCAUCCAUUCAAGAUCUUCUAAGUAGACUUGCAAAUUAA